AUGGAGAAAAAGGACACAGCGAUACAACCUGGCAGGUACACAUCAAAGCACCCUUAUGUGACAGUUCAGCUUCCACGUCGCAUUCUCCAAGAGCCAGCAUUAAAAGAACUCGCUGACCGUCUUCGGAUAUCCAAUAACGAAAUAGUUUCGGUGGUCGCAGCAGUGCUGCGCUCUGCUAACCAGCCAGGCGAUCUGUCUGAGUUCCGGAUCUCGAGAGAGACUGCGAGACGGGCACGAGCUUCACACCGUCGUCAGGUAGCUGCCGCACAAAGGGAAGCCUUCACGCCUCCACCACAUGCAGUGGUGCACUGGGAUGGUAAGCUGGUUAAGAACGUCGUGGGAGAAGAAGAACACCGACAGGCCAUCUUCAUCUCAGGGCGCGGCCAUGAGGAAGGGAAGCUGCUUGCUGUCUUGCCAGUGAAGGACGGCACUGGCCUGACCCAGGCACGCGCAACAGCUCGUGCUAUCGAGGACUGGAGCUGCGCUUCAAACGUCAAGGCACUGUGCUUUGAUACAACGUCGUCCAACACAGGGCGAGUCCAAGGUGCGGUUGUCCAUCUGGAGGCGCUGCUGGAAAAACAGCUGUUGAGGCUUGGGUGCAGACGCCACGUCAUGGAACUGGUGGUGAGAGCCGCUGCCAGCAACAUCUUCGGCAAAACAUCGGCCCCUACGGACCCUCUCUUCCAGACUCUUAAGAAAAGGUGGAGUCAACUAGAUCACUCUCAGCAUCUCAGGCUGGACAUUGCAAAUCUACCAGAGUCUGACUGGCUCAGUCACCUCCGACACAGGACCGUUAGCUACCUGCUGACCGUCACAGAAUGGGCCAGAGAGGAUUACCGAGAAGCAGCAGAACUAACGCUCCUCGUCCUCGGUGUGAAUCCUCCGCGCGGCACGCACUUUCUGCGUCCUGGCGCAUGUCACCACGCUCGCUGGAUGGCGAAGAUCAUAUACUACCUCAAGAUCUACAUGUUUAGCCACCAGCUAGAGCUCAGCAGUGACCUGUGCGUCAAGCUGCAGAGGAUGGCGAUCUUUGUGUCUCUGCUGUACACACCGGC